AUGGGAGAUCCAACUCAUCUUGAGAAAAUGGGCAGAGAGCUCAAGUGCCCCAUCUGCUUGAGUCUUCUUAAUUCUGCAGUUUCACUUACAUGCAAUCAUGUUUUCUGCAAUUCGUGUAUUAUGAAAUCGAUGAAAUCAGGUUCUGCUUGUCCAGUUUGUAAAGUGCCAUACCGACGAAGAGAGGUUCGCGCUGCUCCUCAUAUGGAUAACUUGGUGAGCAUUUACAAAAGCAUGGAAAUUGCUUCAGGAUUCAAUAUAUUUGUCACUCAGAAUUCACCACCAUUAACUAAAUUAUCAGACGAACACAAGCAAGUAGGAGGUAAUACGAAUUGCGGCAGAGACGAUAUUGAUUGGAUUUGUGAGGAUACAUUAGGGGAGCAAUCUAUACUAUCCAAACAAGAAGACUCGAGGAAACUUAAUAAAUCCCACAUGGAACUAUCUGCUCCCAUUACUUCGAAACCUUCCUUUCCAACCAAGAAGAGAGUUCAGGUGCCGCAAUGCUCUGUUUCACACUCUUUGGCACAACCUGAAAAACUACAAACUGGAUCAAGAGAAAACAAAAAGGGUGACUUUAAAAAUGAUUUAUCAGUCUCAAGGAAGAACCCUAUUGUCAAUGAAAAGGGAGAGCCCACACUAUCGCCUUUCUUCUGGCUGAGAGAUGAAGAUGGAGAGAAGUCAAGUCAGCACACUGAUGUGGAUCAGCUUUUGGAUAUCACACCACCAAAUGUUCCUACUUUCAGUGAUAUCAAAGACUCAGAUGAUGAAAAUGCCUCUGCAUCAUACCCGAAAGGGACAGCUUGUGGCAAAUCAAAUGUUGCAGAUUUUUGUGACAGCGAGAUGUUUGAAUGGACGCAACGAGCUUGCUCUCCUGAAAUUUUUUCAAGCCCAGCAAAGAUUCAGGCAGAAAAUACAACGGAAAUGAAUGGAAUUCAAGAAGGUAAAUCAGAGGCACCACCACUGAGUGCAAAUGCAAAUGAUGAACAUAGCGAUGAAAGCAAAAAAUGUGUUAAUACCAAACCGGGAAUGGGUGUUUCUGAAGACGUGCUGGUCAAUCGUUCCCCUGCAAUAGUUAAAAGUGCAAGAAACCAAAUCGGGCGUAAUAUAUCCAAUAAGAGAGGUAGGACUGCCAAGGACGCAACAUUAAGGAAGUGUGCUCGGAAAAAUGCAGAUAAAGAUUUGGAAGUUACUGUUGCUGCAAAGAGAGUAUCUGGGAAAACCAUGGAAAAAGAACUUGAAGGCAAGGAAUUCUUUCUAACAUCGAAGGAAAUUGAGAAGUGGAAUAAGAAGGAUGGUGGGUUGAAAGGAGAGGAUGUUUCUUCUGUUUCUGUUAGAGAAACUUUGGAUAUGGAUGAUGAAAACACGGCAACGGAUCAGCUGCCUAUUUCAUUAGAUAAGAAACAAGGUUGCAGUGACCUUAAAAGGAAGGAGAAUGGGAGUGGGAAGAUCAGUCCCGAGUGCAAGGAGCAAAAGCUGGAUUCCAUUGAGAUAAACAUGAUAAAUGAAGUCUUUUCAAAUCAAAACCAUAUGGACAACGAUGAAAGCUCCCAUGUUUACCUUUUAUCUGUCCCUCUGGUUGAAGAUAAAAAAAUCUCAGAUAUCAAUGGGAAACCUAGCAAACAAGGGGAAGAAGUCAAGUCUGCAUUGAGUUCAGAAGAUUAUCAAGAAUUCAAAUGUAAGAAAAACAUGGAAGUUUCAUUAGAUGGUAUCUUAGAAGAUGGAUUAGUCAAUGACCAUCAAGAAGGUCCUGGCAUUGUCUUUGCAGAGGAAGCUCACUCCACUGAAAACAUUAACAACAACUCUGCAAAGGCAACCGAAUCUGCUGAGAAGGUUCAAGCCAGUCUUAAUACUGGAUCUCUUGAUAAUUCGGCAACAUUAGGGGAGCAUUGCAAAGAAAAUGACAUGGCCAUGCUUAAAUUGAAGCUUAAUUAUAAUAUUCAAUGUGCUUUCUGUCUUUCUUCAGAGGACUCAGAGGCUUCAGGAGAGAUGAUCCACUACUACAAUGGCAUACCUGUGACUGCAGAUUAUAAUGGUGGAUCCAGAGUCAUACACUCUCAUAGAAACUGUGCUGAGUGGGCGCCUAAUGUCUACUUUGAGGAUGAUAAUGCAAUUAACCUUGAAGCUGAAUUAGCUAGGAGUCGGAGAAUUAAGUGCUGCUGCUGUGGACUCAAAGGUGCUGCUCUUGGAUGUUACGAGAAGAGUUGUCGCAAGAGUUUCCAUGUUCCCUGUGCAAAUUUGAUUCGUCAAUGUCGAUGGGAUACCGAAAACUUUGUCAUCUUAUGCCCUCUUCAUGCCUCUUAUAAGUUGCCUAAUGAAAGCACAAGAUCUCAAGAGAGAAGGAAGAAAAAAUGCAUUUCAAAAGGACAAGCACCAAGGCAGUACAAUCAACAUACUUUCAAACAUGACAUCAACAAGCAUGAAAGUUGGAAAUCAUGUGUAACACAUGAAAAGUUGGUUCUUUGCUGUUCGGCUCUCACAAUUGGAGAAAAGGAAAUUGUUUCUGAGUUUGAGAGUUUAUCUGGAGUUACAGCCUUGAAGAAUUGGGACUUAAGUGUCACUCAUGUUAUUGCAUCAACAGAUGAAAAUGGUGCAUGCAGAAGAACCCUCAAGGUUUUGAUGGGUAUCUUGAAGGGGAAGUGGAUAGUGAACAUUGAAUGGGUUAAGGCUUGUAUCAAAGCCAUGAAACUUGUUGAAGAGAUGCAAUACGAAAUUGCUGCUGAUAUUCAUGGAAUCAAGGAUGGUCCACGAAAUGGAAGACUAAGAUUAUUGAACAAGCAACCAAACAUUUUUGAGGGAUUUAAGUUCUAUUUCCUGGGAGAUUUUAUACCUUCUUACAAGGGAUAUAUACAAGAUCUUUUAAUCGCUGGUGGAGGAACCAUUCUGCACAGAAAACCCAUUUCGGGAGCCCAGGGAAACUUGUUACUGGACUCUUCUAGAUCGCCAACUUUCAUAAUAUACAGCCUUGAGAUGCCUGAUAAGUGUGAUCCUAGCAAAAAGAAUAUGAUAUUAAACCGAAGGUGGUCUAAUGCAGAAGCUCUAGCAAGUUCAACUGGAGCGAAGGCGGUAAGCAAUAAAUGGGUUUUGAACUCUAUUGCAGCCUGCAAAUUAUUGGCUCAUUAG